AUGUUCCACCAUGCAGUAUCAUUGAUCGAUACGCAAUCAGCAGCGGAGGUAGAAGAUAUAAUACUACGUCCUUCUACAUCAACACCGUACACCUCGUUGAAGACGGCCCUAAUCGAGCGCCUUACGAAGUCAAAAGGCGCUAAGCUCCUACAACUUUUAAAUGGUGAAGAAAUUGGUGACCGCACCCCGUCACAAUUUUUUCGUCGCCUUCGUAGUCUUUGUCCGGACGUUUCAGACAACGUUAUUAAAGCAAGAUGGCAGUACAAACUUUCACCGCAAACAUGCGCUUGCUUGGCAGCACAGCCCGACGCCCCACUAGAACAUCUCAGUCGCCUAGCUGACAAAAUUCACAAGGUAAUUCCAAACGUCGCACGCUCCAUUUCCUACAUUUCCGAAGAGCAGUCACUACGCUCCGAAAUAUCAGAAAUACGUAAGCAAUUACAAACGUUCCGUAUAAGCAACCGUAGGCAACAUAGUCCACAACCUCGUGGCAGAGGUAGCUCGUCACACAGUCGCGUGCGUUUGUCGACAGACGGCCAAUGUUUUUAUCAAAAAAAAUUUGGCGCUAAUGCUCGACGAUGCCUACCAGGUUGCAAAUUCGCAAAAAACACGAAAGAGGGUCUAUAA